UACUACCGAGGAACUACACGCCCCUUGACUUUACACACGACUGAUAACACGCAGGCACAACUUCUGAUAUUGUUUUGAGUAAGUACACAACUAUCAACGGACAGCAGUAGUUUCUCCUACAAAUGGCCACCAUUGUCUUCUGCUCGGUAAACAAAACGGCUCAGACCACCGCGAGACGAUGUUCGAUUUCACAUUUAAAGCGGCUCGCUAGGUCAGGAGAGCCACAUUUGCCGUUAUCCUGCAUUCACAGCAAGCCAGUGACUUUCCUUCCGGGUACAAGAUGGUUUUCCAGGGGUUGCAGCGUACGGUUCAUGUCCCAAGGGACUGCAGGCAGAUCUGCAACCUGGCGAACCAGAAAGGGAGCCCUGGCGCUCAGUGGAGCCGCAGCAGUGACAGCGGCAGCGGCAGUAGCGGGGUUUUUAGCCAACGCUAACCACUUCCAGCGGGCUGAAAUGGCAACGAAGGUAUCCCGAGCCGCUGAAAAGACCGAGCAAGAGGGGGGCAUCUUGGAGAGAUGCCGGGGGUUCAUGUCUCCUCCGGUGACCGACAUCAGUGUGCUGCAGGAGAGGAAAGAGGAGAUGCGUACGAGGAUGGAGAUGCUGAUCAUGGAGACGCAGGCUGACUUCUGCAACGCCCUGCAGGAGGUGGACGGUGGGACGUUCAAGGUGGACCGGUGGCAGAGAAAUGAAGGUGGAGGAGGAAUCAGCUGUGUGAUGCAAGAUGGAAAGGUGUUUGAGAAAGCAGGAGUCAACGUGUCGGUGGUGUUUGGAAACCUGACUGAGGAGGCUGCCAAGCAGAUGAGGAGCAGAGGGAAAGUCCUCAAAGGGAAAGAUGGUAAGCUGCCAUUUUGUGCCAUGGGUGUGAGCUCCGUUAUCCACCCCAAGAAUCCCCACAUCCCCACUGUGCACUUCAACUACAGAUACUUUGAGAUCGAAGAGGAAGACGGCACUAAGCAGUGGUGGUUUGGUGGAGGCACAGACCUGACUCCAGUUUAUGUUGAUAAAGAAGAUGCCUUCCACUUCCACAACACCCUGAAGGAGGCCUGUGACAAGCACCACCCGCAGUACUACCCCAACUUUAAGAAAUGGUGUGACCGAUACUUCUACAUCCGGCACAGAGGAGAGACUCGGGGUAUAGGAGGGAUCUUCUUCGAUGACCUGGACUCCCCGAGUCAGGAGGAAGCGUUCAACUUCGUGACGAGCUGUGCUCGCACUGUGGUGCCCUGUUACCUUCCCAUCGUAUCCAAACACCUCAACGAGUCCUUUACUGACGAGGACAAGGACUGGCAGCAGGUACGACGAGGAAGAUAUGUGGAGUUCAACCUGGUGUAUGACAGGGGAGUGAAGUUUGGCUUGGCCACGCCUGGCUCCAGAAUUGAAAGCAUCCUCAUGUCCCUUCCGCUCACUGCCAGGUGGGAGUACAUGCAUGAGCCUGCCAAAGGUACCCUGGAGGCCGAGAUGCUGGAGGUUUUACGAAACCCUAAGGAGUGGGUGUGACCACAGUGUUCACAGGUUGGACAAAACCUCCAGGAAACUGCCUUUGUCCAAAAUAAUAUUACAUCGCACUUGCGUGAUACGUUUUUUAUUUUUAAUUGCAAUGGUACUUUUCUCUCUUUCCUGUCAGCCUUGAUAACACUUAAUCACAUUGGGAUUGUAUUACUACUGGUGGCCACAGGUGGUAAUUGUACCUGCUUUAAGUUCAUCUCAUAAUGAUGUGCUUCUUUUAAGAAGUGUUUGUGUCAAACACUAUCUGUAUUUGUUUUGUUCUAUGCCUGUGCUAAAUGUGUCGUGCUCUACUUGACGUCCUGGAGCUCCACUCCCCUUUUACAAAGCACCUGAGGGGGAAGUAGGUGGAAACUAAGCUACUGAGCAUGUGUGUGUUUUUUUUAUGUUUCAGUGCAUCUACUCCAAACAAUGGGUUAUUUUUGACAAUCAAAGCUAAGAGAUAACAGACUAGUAAUAAACCGAUCCCUCUUGAGCCCCAUUUAUAUUGUGGUUUGUUGUUCACUUUUUGUUAAUGGGUCACCUCCUGGCUUGUUUGAGCAGAAGUAAAACAAUAGCUGGAGGAUGGAGCCUGUUCCACAGAGAGGUUAGCAGUGAGUCACAGCUAGCAUGGCUCAUUGAAGAGACAAGAAUGUUUGUGAAAAUAAAAUGGCUUUUGAAAUGUAAAAAUAAUGUAUAGCUUGCAAUUAUAAUAAAUUGUUUGUUCUGUUACAUUUUGAUUAUA